CAAAACGGCUGUCAUUCUUCGAAAAAGUUGAAAAGUUUGCUUGUGGUGGGUGCAAAAUUUUGCAAUGUUUUCGCGUUUUGUGACAAAUUUUUCAUAAAUUUGGUGUAUUUUCGGUGAAAUUGUGUAACAUUUUGCGGUGCGAAACAAAGUUGAAUCGAUGGACUGCUGUGCCACUGUGGUGUAAAUUUGUAGGAAGAACCCUAGCCAGGAAUCAAAAUCAACAAGCCGCUUUGAUCUAGCGGCGUCUCCACUUUUAAUGGCGUAAACAAGAAGCGCUUCCCGCAUAAAAGAAGAAAAAAUGGAUCAAUAUCCGUAUAGUAUUCCGCCUGGGUUCCAUCCUUACGCGGGGAAUGCCUCUGAAAAAAAUACCGACAUGCCAGUCGGAACCACCGUGCCCGGUUCUAAUCCGUACUAUCUGAGUGGCGGCGCUGCAGAAGUCUCCCCACAAUUCGAGUAUGGUCCUCCCCCUACGCAGGACCAGCAACAAGAAAUCGUUCAAUCAAAUCCGAUUCCUUCGGCACAUGCUAACGGGUUGAUGGCCUCGAUACCACCGGCUAGCUCCGCGGAAUAUAAUGCUUUUAGCAACCCAGCAGCAUACGCGGGACAGUUCCCGGCCACAGCGGUCGAAGCAUCGGUGACUCCCCUCGUUGGACUGGAGGGAGUGUAUGGGCCACAAGCCUUCGAUCCGCAAGCACUUGCUAAUCAAUCGGAAAUGUCGUAUCCUCCGGUCAAUCCUCCAGCAGCGGCUCAAACUUUGAAUACGGUUGACUCUAAUCCUAUGGAAGAUGCAGCUCCGCCGGAAGCACUAAAAGUUGCACAAGAUAGUAGCGAAUUGACUACUGGUCAUGCUGAAAGUAAUUCAAACCACGCUGAAAUAAUGGAUAAAGAAUCUGCUAGCAAAGAAAAGGAAGGAACGGAAACCGUUCCGAAUAUUUCUGAGGUUCCAAUCAGUACAGAAUCCAACAAAGAAAUCAACGAAUCUGAAGACCAAAAUGAUGCAGAACCCACUGUCUCUUCACCGCAAUCAGAUUCACCCAAGGUUCCAGACGAGCCCCCGCAGCCAUCGACAAACACCGAAUCAAGCGAACCACCUUCCACUGAACAAGACCUGCCACCACCAAGUGACGCGUCAAAUGCUGCUCCAGACCAGUCGACGGAACCACCCGUUGAAACUAACCCACCAAGAACCCGUAGCCCAACACCGGUACGUAGUCUCAGUGUUUCAACCGAAGAUAUUUCCGCCGCUUCCGUUAAAAAGAAACGUCGGCGAAUAGUGACGCUUAAUGACGACGAAGACAGUGACGAUGAGGACAAUAGCAAUCGCAUGGAGUUGCUCCGUUCUCCGGAACCCCCCAUGGUUGAGGGAAACGAUGAUCAUGCCGCUGGCGACGCAUUGGCAAACGAGGACCAACGACAUCACAACCGGAAUGCUGAUGGAUCCGAUGGCAGUGAGAAAGAUCACGAAGAUGAUGAUCGGCCGAACUCGUCCGCGUCCGGUGCCGUGUCCAUUUUCCAGAAUGUUGUAAUGAUUCCGGCAGGUGGUGAUGCGGACGCGCAUAAGCGUAAGAAGAUUCGAGUAUUGGACAGUGAUGACGAUGAGGAUGAUCAGAAGGUGCUUGUCAGUGUAGAUGACAUCGGAUUGACAGGGGAGGGAGCAGAUGAUUUGAACCCGGGUGGAAUGCUGGUGGAUGAGAACGGCGAGAAUGACGAUUUGGGUACGGUGGAUGGAAUUGAGCUGGAGCAAAUGGAACAGAUUGUGGCAAUGGACGCUCCGAUUAUCGAUCCCAACGAAAUGAUGAACGAAGACGACGAAGACGUUGGUUCGGAAGCUGGUGACAAAGAUAAGGAAACAAGUGAUCGAGAACCAGAUGGUGGAUCGGAAGCUGGUGAUGAUGAGAGGGAAACAAGCGAUCGAGAUCAGGAUGGCAGUGUGGGCAGUGAAGCAGAACAAGAUGACGAAGAGAUGGGUGAAGAAGAGGAAAUUGUUGAAGAAGGAGUGGAAAUGAUAGCCGCGGAAGACGACGAAGGAGAAGCAAUAGGAAUAGCAACAGAUGACGAGCAGGUUCUCGGGGAAGAUCCAGAGCAAGAAGCAGCUUCUGAUGAAGGUGACAAUGAUGGCAAUCGAGGGAGUGAUGCAGAGGAUGAUCAAGCGUCCAAAGGCGAUCGGUCAGAUGCAGAGGAGCACAGCGAUGAAAAUGAACGACAAGCGAGUGAAUCAGAGAAGGGGGAGAGUGAUGAAAAUGAAGAAGUUCGAAACGACCAAAGCGAAACACGAUCAUCAUCAGGUUCAAACGAACAGGAGAAAGAUUCCACUUCUAAGCGACGCAGAGGAAAAGAUGAUUCCAAAAAAUCCGACAGCGACGACGAUGUGGUUUGUCAGAAUGAUCUUGAACUGAACACGAUAUCGCUGCUGACGGAUGAAGAAGAUGACAACACAACGCCGUUACCGCCGCCCAAAAAGGAGCUGCCCGUUGUGCGGAUAGUAAACAUCAAGAAAGAACUGUUAGACGAUCGAUUCGGGCGGAAAGAAUCUACUGCGCGAAUGGAUGCAGCCACGUCCUAUCAGCAGCAACACUAUUUGAAGAAGCAGCAACAGUUGGCACAAAAGAAGCGCGAGAAGGCGAGGAAACGGAGCGAACGUACCUUCGAUAACAAUGACCCGUUCGGCCAAUGGAGCAGUUCGUCCAGUGAUGAUGAAUUCAUUCCGAACGAUAUAUAUUUUGGCACACCGGAUCGGGUAUUUACGGCCAGCACGAAAAUUCGAUGCGAGCGUCAGAAGAUAAUGAACGAUCGCUAUUCCCAGUACAGCAAACCGGGACGGACAGGGAAGCGAAAGUACGGAGAAGAGUCCGAUGCGGCCACCAGGCGGAAGCAAAAGCAGAAACUUGAAGAGAUCUCCCGCCUCAAUUUGCCGACCUAUCAGCAGCAGCAGUUGCAGAGUUUGGUGAAGAAGAAGAAAAAAAGCAGAUCCGAUCGGUUCUACGACAAAUCGCGGGACAUUCCCAACGAUAUCUAUUUCGGAAAUGUCAAUGUUCCCCUGCAUAUUUUGCAUGGUUUUGGGGAUAGUUCGUCAGAUGAAGAACGAAAAGGUGGGAAUGUCUGGAGGACAGCACAACCCAGCAGCAGUAGCAGCAGGGUUGUAAAACAUCAUUCUACUAGUAAAAGCUACAAAAAACCUGCAUCUUCCAGUUAUAGCAAAUCGCCACACAGUCCCAGUAACGAUCGAUCGGUGCAAGCGAUGAAGGAAUACUUAAAGAUUGCCGGAUUCAAGAACGUAAAAUUCCACAAACUUUGGGAGGGGUGCAAAUCCAAUCAGGAACGAGCCAACGCUAUUCUGCGACUCAUGCAGGAGAAAGGUUUGGAAGGGGAACCCACCAUCGCCAAGUGUCGAGAACUGCGCAAACAGUUGCAGAUGGAGCGCGAGGCUCAAGUGCUGGACACGAGUUUAAUCAUCGAUUCGGGUGAAGGUCGAAUAACACGAAGAAGUGCAAGGAAUACACAGAAUCAAUUGGCUGCUGGUCAAUCGUUAGAUCCCAAUACGCCGUCAACUUCGGGUCUCUCACAACCUCCCGUUGUUCCGCCGGAAAGUUUAGAAACCCUGAAUCGCAUGCGGAACGUGGUCGAUCCUGAUUCCGAAGGCGAAGAGUAAUCCUCGGUGUGCUUCAUGCUAAAAGAUCCCGAUCCAUAAUCGGUGGCCAUAAACAAACACUGUAUCCUGUUAUGCUGAUCAAGCGAACAGCUGUAGCGAUUCAACUUUAGUGAAGAUUCAAGUCAUCAAAUAUUUCAAUUAAUUUCAAAACUAUAUUUUAGAUUUUUUAGGUUUUCUCCAAGAGAACAAAACAGAGGUGUUUUUAUAGGUUCACACAGUUAUUGUGUGAUAAUAGCUUCAUUCAAUUAUUUUUUUUUACUUUUUUCACUUUUUAAAUAAGUUCAUAGAAUAUGUUAUAAAAACACAUUAUAUCAAGAAAUAAUAUAAAAUAUUCUUACAGUGCAUCGUGGAAUCAAAAGUCACUCUCACUAAUGUAGACCAGCAGGUAUAAGUCAGAGGAUAACUAAUUUUACUAAAUAUAAGAUCUGUAAAAUAUUGUGGAAUGCUCGAUAGAAUGUGCAAACUGAAUAAACUUUGGCUUUUUAAAAUGCA